UUUAACAUCUAAACAAAUCGGAUAUGAGUUCUGAAUUUUUUUUUCUCUUCAAUUAAAUGGAAAGUGAUUUUUAUAAUUUAAACAGUGUUAAAACGUCAAGUAGUGAGAAUGAUUUUGAAACUUGUAAUAAUUCCUCAGACAUUGACAUUGAACAUUCGGAAAUCGAUAAUUAUAUAAAGCCACAAUUUCAAGAGAAAUUACCAAAUCAAAAUUAUCAAUUAUAUAAAAAUCAUAAAAAUUCUAAAAUAAAUAUGGGACCAUUAGGAAAUUCAAUUGAACCAGCAAAAUUAUCUAAAGAAGAUAAUGAAAAAUUUGAAAAUAUUUUUCAAAAUUUUUUACGUAAAAAAACUUUAUCAAUGCAACAACAUAAAAUUCAACAAGAUCAAUUACAGUCCCGUUUAGAUUCUAAUGAAAAUGGACAACAAAAGAAUAAUGAUGAUAAAAAUAAUUUACCAGAAAUUGUUUUAACAUCAGUUGAUAAUACACCAGAAUCAAGUAGUAAUGAACCAAGUAGUAGCAGUAAAAAAGAUUCAACAUCAAGUCCAUCAAGUAAAUCAAAUUCUGAUGUAAUCGAAAAUUCAACAUUACAAACAGCAGAUUAUGAUUUUUAUAAUGGUUUAACAGCUGUAAUGGCAGCUGAACUUAAUUUUGAACGUAAAUUAAGUUCAAGUUCAUCUGCAACAUCAGAUAGAAGUCGAAAUUCAAGAAGAUCAUCAAUAUCAAAUACAACUGCAACAACAGUUAAAGCAAUGGAUUCAUCUAGAAAUUUUAAUAAUAUUCAAUUUUCGAAUAUAUCAUCAUUACAAUGUAAUAAUGAAAUAACAAAUAAUAAUAAUAGUAAUAAUAUAAAUAGAGAAAAUUUAAAUCAAUCAGAAAAUUUACCACCAAAAGAACUAAUUGAACAACAUAUACCACCAUUUUUAAAAUGUCAUAUAUGUCGUCAAAUGUUUAAGGAUCCAAGAACAUUAUUCUGUUUACAUUCAUUUUGUUUUCAAUGUUUAGUUAAUGAAAAUUAUAGCCAAGAUGCAAGUAUACCAUUUUGGUCACAUCCAUCAGAUCAAUCAAAAACUUCAUCUGAAUGGAAUAACGCUCAAUCAAAUUUUAAUGGAAGCAGUUUAAAAUCAACAUCUUUUAUGUCUGGAGCAAUUGAAUCAGAAUACGAUGGUUCAAAAUAUCGAUCACAUGAUAGUCGUCAUUCUCACAAUAAUACUAAAAUAAAUCGAAAAUCAACAAAAGAGAAAUCAACUAAAGGACAAAGCAACAAACAUGGAACUGAACGUGCCCAAUAUAUUGUUUGUUCAAUAUGCCAAUUUUGUACUGAAAUACCAAUUGGUGGAAUUAGAAAUUUACCACAAAAUUUCAUUUUAAGUAGAAAAAUUGAAGAGAUAUUAUUACAAAUUGGACAUGAUACAAUUUCAAAUAUUUGGUGUAGUUUAUGUUACGAUGAAAUGCCUGCAACAUAUCACUGUUUGAACUGUAUAACAAAUUUAUGCAGUUUUUGUAAAGAAGCACAUGAAAGACAGAAAUCAACUGCUUCUCAUACUAUACAAAAUUUAUUAGAUUUACGUAAAACGUCUAAAGAAAAAUCACCAAUGGAUGUUGCAAAAUUUAAUAUUAUGUGCUCUUUGCAUCCCGGAUUUGAAUUAAAAUUCUUUUGUGGAAAUUGUCAACAGCUUAUAUGUAGUGAUUGUUCAGCACUUUUACAUAAAAAUCAUAAAAUCGAUCCAGGUUUAAAAGUUAUAAAACUUUGUACAAAACUAUUAAAAGAUACAGCAGAUAAAACAAAACCACUCUGCGAAUACACUGAUCAAUCAAUAUCUAAAUUAGCUGGAAUAUCCAGAAGAAUUAAUGAAAGAUGUAAUCAAGUACAGAAUGAUGUUGAUAAUUUUAUGGCAGCAUAUUUUGAAGCGUUAGAAGUACAUCGUAGAACAUUAUUACAACAAAUAGCAAAGGCAAGAGAAACUAAAAUGCAAAUGAUUCUCGAGCAACAAAUUGAAAUGGAAAAAAGAUCUUCCGAAGCGAAAGCCGCUGUUGAAUUCUGUCAAGAAUUAUUAGAUAAGGGAACUUAUGGAGAAAUUUUGUCUUUUAUGAAUAUUUUAAUGAAACGCCUUGAUUUUUGUCAAAAAUAUAAACCACCAUUGGAUACGAAAAUUUCAGAUUCUUUGCACUUUUUAUGUGAUAUACGAGCACCUUCAACAAAAGCUCAAAAUGAUAUACCUUUAUAUGGAAUCAUUACAACUCAAACUGUUGAGCCCCAAUUCUGUACAAUUGAAUCAGAAGGUCAUUCUAAUUUGAGAGUUCAUAAACAAGUUGAUUUAGUUUUGUUAUCAAGAGAUAGCGAUGCUGUACCAUUAUGUCAUGGUGGUUUAACAAUAGAUGUUCAAUUAAAAUAUAAGGAUAAUCCGUCAAAACUCCUAGAAGUUCAAAUAAGUGAUAAACGUGAUGGAACCUAUGUAAUAAGUUUUGUUCCUGAAUAUGCUGGAUUAAUGAUUUUAUCAAUUAUGAUUAAAAAUAAACCAAUAAAGGAUAGUCCUUUUACUUUACAUGCCCGAACACUGAGGCCCCAUUCUGGAAUAUUCCAUUGCUGUACAUUUUGUUCUAGUAAAGGUUCCAAAACAGCUACCUGUGCUUGUGGAGGUGUCAUGAAUGGUGGAUAUAAAGGUUGUGGACAUGGUCACACUGGUCAUCCAGGCCGAAGACACUGGUCUUGUUGCGCUAAUACAGUUGAGAAUUCAGAAUGUACAACAGCUAAUCAAUUCUAAUACUAAAAUCGAUACACAAAUUGAAUUUGUAAUUUCAAUAAUUAUCAAAUAUUUUGAAUUAAGAAUGUAUCCAACUAUAUGGGGUUAAUAAGUUGUAAUGUGAAUAAAUAUAAAAAUGCUAUUCAUACGUACAUACCUACAUUUA